AUGGCUGAAUUCCUGAAUAAAGCCGCCGUGCUGGGCUUCCUUCGGGAACAGGGCGGCCAGGUGCGCAAUUCGCUGCUGCUCGCCCACUUCAAGCCGCUGUUGGACGCGCCCGAGGCGACGCCGGAGGUCCGGGCUGCUCUCCGCCAGCGCUUCGUCCACUUGGUCAACAGCGUGGCUGCCGUGCGGGUCUCGGAGGGGAUCAAGUUGGUCGUGCUGAGAAACAGGCACCAGUUGGCCCGGGACGACUCCGAUGCGGAACCGAGAUCGAUCGCCUUCGGGGAUCUGUCUGACGAGGAAACCGAAGGCGCCGAUUCUGGAGCGCCCGCUUGCCCUGCCGGCUUCGUGGCGCCUCUGAACUCGCCUGAAAAGGAGGACCCUGACGCCCAUCGGACUAUCCCUGUGUUCCAGCUGAAGAACCUCUUCCAAAGGGGAGGCUCGGAAAUCCUCAAAGUCCCCAGUGGCAAAGACCAGUUGGCCCCCAAGGGUGCCUCCCCAAAGCCCUGCAUGCUGCCGGUCCGCUCUGUGCCCCUUUCUUCCACCAACGCUAAGAGAUCUGAGGAGCUGAGCCCUGAGCAAGACCGGAUCCCUGUCGAAGAUGGUCUCCAAGUGGAUCUCCCUGCCAUCCUCCUGUCUCCCUCCCCUCGUGCUAAGAGGCGGCAGCUAAACGAAAUGGGGCCCAAAUCCCUUUCCCUGGGAAGGGGGUCGAAACCGCUAAAGGUGGGUGAGGAAGCUGACAGCACAACCAACGUGCCCUUGGAGCCUGUUGAGCACCAGUGGGUGGUGAAAGCCACAGCCGGCCAGUGGUCCCAGCAACUUCAUGGCUUGUUGCUCAUUGACCUGAAUCUGGCCAGCAAAAGAGAUUUCAUGAGUGGCUUCACGGUUCUCCACUGGGCGGCUAAAAGUGGAAAUUCCAAAACACUGAGCAAAGUCCUAGAAAUGGCCGAGAAAGGAGGUAUUCACGUGGAUGUCAAUGCUAAGUCCUACGGGGGUUAUACCCCGCUUCAUAUUGCUGCUCUCCACGGGCAGGAAGAAGUUAUUGCCCAGCUGGUCAAAGUUUACAAUGCCAAAGUCAACUUAAGAGACUAUAGUGGGAAAAAACCGUUCCAGUAUUUAAAAGAAGGCUCUUCUUUUGCAGUCAGGUAUCUCUUAAAUGACCCUGGUCUUCACACUGAGCGGAAGAACCCUUCCAUCAAGAAGAACAUAAAAGUGGCUGCUUCUAUCUUAAGUUCCACCAGCACUGUCCUGGGGCUUUUAUCUGACGAUGUUGCCUUCUAUGAAUUGACAAAAGGCUUAAAGAAACCUGCCCCCAUCAAUAAAUUUCUUAACAUAGCCACAGCCCCGAGGAGGAAGUUGAAUUCACGAAGGGCUUUUUCUACUUCUACUUCUUCCUUGUCUCAGGCCCUGGAGGAAGAAAAGAGUGAAACUGCAUCAAAACACAGACCGCUUUCAGAAUUGUUUUUUGGUCAUUUAUCUCACUGA